AACGCGUUGGUCUGCAAUUGCCUGCCGUGCCUGCGCAACCAUCGACAUCUCAAUCUACAACGCAACCUCACCAGCCAUACUCUUCUACCUCUCCAUUCAUCACCUUAAUCUCCCAGUCCUCGUCCUCUACCGACUUCGCUUCUCCCUCCUCAUCCUCGUAUUCUCUCAAUUGCACACACCGAUCCACCGCCACAAUGAGUAGUCCAUUCGACAUCAAUGGAGGUGCAUGCGUUGCCAUGGUGGGCAAAGACUGUGUAGCCAUAGCAUGCGAUCUUCGGCUAGGUCUCCAAGCCCUUACGGUGUCGAACAACUUUCCCAAAAUCUUCAAUUAUGCACCUUCGGUCUUUCUGGGCCUGACAGGUCUGGCAACAGACGUUCAAACCGUCUCAGACACCUUUCGCUAUAAAGUCAACAUGUACCGAUUACGAGAAGAACGCAACAUCUCCCCUCAGACACUCGCAAACCUAGUCUCGUCAUCUCUCUACGAACGGAGAUUCGGUCCUUGGUUCGUCAGUCCAGUUCUUGCCGGUAUCAAUCAUACAACAGGGAAGCCGUUUAUCUGUGGCUUCGACUCGAUCGGAUGUAUAGAUUUCGCAAAGGACUUCAUUGUCGCAGGAACAGCCAGUGAUCAACUAUUUGGAACAUGUGAGGGGCUAUGGGAACCUGAUUUGGAACCGGAUGAGCUUUUUGAGACGAUAUCACAGGCCCUGCUGAAUGCUGUCGAUCGCGAUGCCCUGUCAGGUUGGGGUGCCCAUGUCUACAUCAUCGAGAAGGAUAAGGUUACCAAGCGCCUACUCAAGGGAAGACAAGACUAGAAAUGGCUUCUGCUUCACUCUCGUGUACUAUCAUCACAUUCUACCACCAUGCAACGGCGUUCUCCGAGAAUCAUAAUUGAUGGUUUGGCUAUCACGGCUCUGGUCCGACCGAAGUGGAUGGGCACAAUAGGGAGACUUUGCUUUGUAUGCUGGUCUGGAGCUGCAGCUUCGGCUGGUAUGCUUGAAACGGACCGCCAAAAGGUCUAUGGUGAUUGUCUCCGGCACUAGAUAGGCCGUGACUUACCUCCCUCCAGAGGCAGGCAUCCAUAAUCUCGUGGGGAACUGCGGUUUCUUCGAGCCAGCCUUGGGUGAACGGUCAACUACACUCGAGCAGGUAGACAAAUAUUUGGCCUCAUCAACUGUAAUGCCAGGAGAAUCAUCACUGUUGAUAUGCACUGUAGUCUAUGCCUAGAUAUCCGUGUCGCUAUGAGUUCCUAGAGAUUGAAUGUCGUGC